UAAAAUCUAGUGGAUUUGUUUUGAAUGAAUGAAUGAUUGAUUUUCAAUUUUUGAGUUAUCCCAUGAAGAAAAUUUAACUACUCCACAUCCACAGUAAAAAAAAAAUAGUACAGAAGUAAAUUAAAAUAUACAAGAAGAAUCUCAGAUCCCCAACAAAGCAGAAAUAAAAGAAGAAAGCCAUUAAAGAAAAAGAGAGUAGACUGGGACUUUGAGCAGCUGUCUGUUACCAAUUCAGCAAAAUCAAAACUCUGGGUUCGCUCUGUUUUGAAGAAAUCAGGAGUAAAGUUCGGGUUUUUAUGGAGGAUUUUAGAUCUAAGUCUUGUGGGGAUGGGAGGAAUAAUAUGCAGAUGGAACCAUAUUAUGGUGGUGGUGGUAAUAAUGUAAGUGGGAUGAAUGAUUUGAGAUGUCAAAGUGCUACAUAUAGUAGUAAUAAUUCAUCAGUGGUGCCACAGAAUGGUGGAAUGAAGGAUAUUAAAUUGAAGAAAGGUAAAAAUGGUGGUUCAUCAUCAUCAAAGAGUUGGAGUUUUAAUGAUCCUGAAUUGCAGAGGAAGAAGAGAGUUGCAAGUUAUAAAGUCUAUGCUGUUGAAGGAAAUAUCAAAGGGUCUUUCAGAAAGAGUUUCAGAUGGCUUAAAGACAGGUUUUCUGCCAUCACGAGGUUAUAAUCCAUAAACUUAUUUCUUGGAUCAAAUUAUAUUAAGUUAUGCCAGAUUCUGCAGAGGUGAAAAAAACAACUAGUUGCUGUUUGGAUGGUUUUCAACAGAGAUUGCUCAUAUAUGCCCCUGAGCACGGAAUCGCAGGGUAAUGUAAAACAAGGAUAGAGACACUUUUAACAUUCCUAAUGGAUUGUGUAUCUUUUUCUUCUUCCAUUCAAAUAUUAUGCAAUAUUGUAUCUUUCAUAAGUUCUAUAAGUGUUAGGUAAUCGAUUAAGGAAUGAUAACAACGUCGAGAAAGUUUAAGAGUUUGGUUUCGUCUGGACACCAGAAUGUGACAUUUAUUUGUACUUACAAAGUUUUAAUAGGUAAAAUAUCUCCUUUGAAGGUA